AUGCAUCCCAUAACAAACACCUUGUCGACACGCGCAGGCCUCGAUGCUUUCGAAACCACAUACGCUCACCUCCCCAUUACCAGCGGGGCAUAUUUCGCUCCGGGUAAAAGUGGCGCUGGCAAGCGCGCAAACUUCGGUGGCGCCACAGCAAUUGCCAUGGUUGACCACAACGCAAUCGGAAUCCGUCGUGCAGACGUAUCGGGCGUCGGCUUGUCUGUCGCACUCAGAGUGUGUGGAGCUACUUGUACAGCCAUAGCAUGGCUGAGGGCCGCGAAGAACAAGAGGAGCGAUAAAAGUGAUUUCAUUGCGUUUGCGAAAGGGUUUACAGAACUCUUUUUGCCUGUGAGAGGUGUUGUUCAGAGUCAGAGGAAGAACACCAAGGUCCGGGUCAAUAUGGUAACCAACGGUUUUGUCUAA